AUGCACGUACCAUUCUUGGACAAUCCGAAGCUGCUAUGUAAAGUCGUUCCACUAUCGAUACUUGUGAUCCUUUUCACCGCUUUGGUUGUCUAUGUUUCAUGGGGCUUGCAUAUCUUCAAUCCUACACCUUUAAUAAUUCACAUGGACUGUAGUAUCUACGAAGGUGCUAGAGGAAAGGAUAAUCUCGAAGCAUACAAGCAAAAUCGAAGUGUGAUCCGACAUCAGAUAGAUCUUAACGAAACCAAAUGUUCCUUGAUUCGAAAGCGACGUUAUCUUCCAGUUGAAAUACCCGACAGAAUGGAAGUCCACCACCACAUGUACUUUUUGAGGAUUGUUAGUAAGGAUUAUGAUUUCCUGGAGGAAGUAAUGACCAUGAUGUAUUCCCCGCUACACUUUUACUGCUUCGUUAUUGACAGUAACGCUUCCCCUAAAUUUGAGCAGUUGGUACGAAUUCUCGGUCAAUGCAUAUUGAACAUAAUCGUUCCGCCUGGAAAGUUCAAUACCACGACUGCUAAUGGCACCUUUGCUGCUUACAACGCCUGUUUCAAUGAUAUGGAAGGUUUUCCAUGGAAGCACACCAUCAUCACUGAAGAAAACGAAAUGCCGAUUCAUUCCAUCCAUUACAUCGCUGAUAAUGCACGACGAAUCCAAAAUGCAGCUCGUAUUGGCAGGGUUACGCUAUCUGAAGAACAUAUUCGAAUUCUAGGCGAUGAUCUGUCCAAAGCGAGCGAAAAGGAUCAAGACUUUAUAAGAAGAUCGUUAUGCACAUGGUUCACCACGCGUCGUUUCCCUAUAACUCUACCAAGAUCUUUCCAGCCAGUUCUAUUCAAGUACAUGGAAAACCAAACUCUAGAGAACUGUGAGCCCCUUUCAAGUGCUUUCGACAAGGAAAUUGCUUUGGAAGCUUGUCACACGAAACGAUACGACAACAGAGGAAACUGCAUCGUUGGCAUGGAGGACUACGAGGAUUCAAUAAAAUCGAAAUAUCUAUUUGUACGAGCCGAUCCAUAUUUUGACGACGGCAUCAUACAAUGCGUGAAUGCAUUCGUCUAUCGUCGAACAUACAAGAAUGGCUAUGGCGAUAUACAUUACAACUGA